AUGCCAGCCAAACCAGACUGCUUUGCCUUUGUCUGGUACGGUUCUAAGGAGGUCGGGCUGUACGAUACAUUGGCACGUCAAUAUGCCAAGUUUCUGUUGGAUUCGAACGCACCCGUUUCGGCUCUGCUUUGGGACUGCGAAGGAAAAUGCCUGGCAGUGUCCCAAACAGGCGAAGCACAGGUUACUCUGUGGGACGCGACGUCACAGACGGCAAUCACUGUCGAAACAGGAGGCAGGGAAGUGACCUUCAUGCAGUGGUCAACUACCCAGCCAGUUCUGGCAAUUGCGACGUCCAAGGGAUUUGUGUUCCUGUAUAAUCGAGUAACGAGAGAAAAGCAAACCGUCGUGGGCACCCACACACUCGCAGUAAGGUCGGGGAGCUGGGACAGCGGAGACACAAUCGCUCUGGGGAGCGAGGACAAGGUUGUUUCCGUGUUAACAGCAGAAGGUACUUUGGUCCACGCGUUCCAGACGCGAUUGUCUCCGAGUCUUAUUCAGUUUGCCAGAUAUCCUGCUGGACCAGCUCGGGGCCUGUCAAGAUUGUUCAGCGUUCUUCUGGGGGAGCAAUCAGUAUCCAUUUACUCUGUGGACGAUCCCUCUGAUACGUUAGAGAUCUCCUUAAACUAUGGCUUUGUUAGAGAUAUGACCUGGGCGGAUGAGAAGACCUUGAUCGUCGGAUAUAGGUAUGGUGAUGUAGAUGUGCUGGAAGUGGAGAUGAAGAAAAAGAAGAUUGUGACCGUCUCGUCUCAACGGGUCUUCUCACAGUAUUUGGACGGCCUCUCCUUCUCGCCGAAGACAAAGAAAGUUGCUCUGGCAGGCGACGGGGCUAUCCGGAUCAUCAGCGCCCACAACUGGGCGGAGGUGACGCAAGAGGGCAUAAAACUGCAUCCUCAAAUCGGUCGCGUCGCCCAGGUUUCAUGGUCGACAACUGGUGAACUCCUAUGUUUCAGCACCACCACAGGAUACAUUGCAUGUUACUCAGCAUGGAGGCCUUCCCUCGCCGCAUCGUUUCUCACUACUAUCCUCCAUGCUACCUCUCUUUCUGACCUCGUUAUCUCUGAUGCUCACACCCUGUCGUGCAGUUCGUCCACGAUCACUGUCGAUUUUGAGCCGGCUUUCGCCUCUUGUGGCCGCCAUCACUGUGCGGUCGGAGCAGGGCAUUUUGUCAAGUACUUCAGUUAUAACUCAUCAAAGGUAUGGUUUGUUGGCGCAGGCAACAUGGAUUGCAUGCUCGCGAAGGGCGCAUCCGCAAAUAACAUUCACGCUAGCAGCUAG